ACAGAACAAAACAAGAAAGAUAAGCCAACAUGGCAAGUAGCAUUUCAGAAACACCUCUCUUACUCGCAACUCAUGAUGAUAAUGGAAUACACAACACAGAGAGAUGGUGGAACAAAAUCUUGGACGUAGAUGAAGCCAAACAUCAACUCAUGUUUUCACUGCCAAUGAUUCUUACAAACUUAUUCUAUUACUUAAUCACUUUGGUUUCUGUUAUGCUUGUUGGUCAUCUUGGUCAGCUUCAAUUAGCCGGUUCUACUCUCGCUAAUUCAUGGUUCAGUGUCACCGGCGGCGCUCUUAUGGUUGGUUUAAGUGGUGCGCUAGAAACACUAUGUGGGCAAGGAUUUGGUGCAAAGGAAUAUCACAUGUUGGGAAUUUAUCUACAAGGCUCAUGCAUUAUAUCUUUUAUUUUUUCAAUCAUUAUAUCCAUUAUCUGGUUCUAUACAGAACACAUUCUAGUGUUUCUUCAUCAAUCACAGGACAUUGCUAGAACAGCAGCACUCUAUAUGAAGUUUCUUGUACCAGGAUUAUUCGCAUAUAGCAUCUUGCAAAACAUGUUGAGGUUUCUACAAACACAAUCUGUCGUCAUGCCACUGGUUAUACUUUCUGCUAUUCCAGCAUUGCUUCAUGUGGGAAUUGCUUAUGGAUUUGUUGAAUGGACAGGUUUGAAUUUCAUAGGUGGACCUAUUGCAGCUUCUAUUUCACUGUGGAUAUCAAUGGUAUUGUUAGGUUUAUAUGUCAUGUAUGCAAACAAGUUUGAGAAUACAUGGACAGGAUUUUCAAUGCAAUCAUUUCAUUACUUGUUUACAAACAUGAAAUUAGCUCUGCCUUCUGCAGCAAUGGUGUGUUUGGAGUAUUGGGCUUUUGAAAUUAUGGUUUUCCUAGCUGGAUUACUGCCUAACUCACAAAUAACAACUUCAUUGAUUGCAAUAGGUGCAAACACAGAAUUAUUUGCUUACAUGAUCACUUAUGGUCUUAGUGCAGCUGCAAGCACAAGAGUUUCCAAUGAAUUGGGAGCAGGCCAACCAGAAAGAGCUAAACAUGCAAUGAUAGUCUCUCUAAAGCUCUCUCUUUUCCUUGGAUUCGGGUUUGUUUUGUUACUUGUAUUUGGUCAUGAUAUAUGGAUUCAGCUGUUCAGUAAUAGUCCUAUUAUCAAAGAGGAGUUUGCUUCAAUAACACCCUUUCUUGCUAUUUCCAUACUACUAGAUUCUGUCCAAGGUGUCUUAUCAGGAGUGGCUAGAGGAUGUGGUUGGCAGCAUUUGGCUGUUUAUGUCAACCUUGCAACUUUUUAUCUCAUUGGUUUACCAAUUUCAUGUCUCCUUGGAUUUAUGACCAACUUGCAAUACAAGGGUUUAUGGAUCGGUCUGAUUUGUGGCCUUGUAUGUCAAACCGGAACACUCUUACUUUUGACAUGGCGUAUCAAAUGGACUAAAUUGAAUCUCUCCGGGGACAAAGAUAAAGACUAGACUAUUGUUGUUUGAAAACUGAAUGUCUGCCAAUCAGAAUUAAAUAAGUUUGUGUUUGGAACCACAAUGACAUCUGCGUCAGAUACAUGGUGUUGUCUAAACUAUACAUGGUGUUUUCUUCAAACGUAGAAACAAACACAGGCUACAAAGAUGAUUACAUCUUGUAAUAAUCAUGAAUUUUGUAUAUAAAAUUAUGUUGUCCAAAAAUGUGCUUCCAAACAAAAAUACAUUUUUCUUUCUGUCAGAAAGUAUUCUUCCUCACAUUUACUAAUUUUCAUUUAUGACUGUUGCAGAUUCCAUUUA